AUGGCGAACGACAAGGCGGCCGAGUUGUAUGUCGAGGAGACGACACAUGAAGCCGCUGAGCGGGGAAAGGCUGCUACGGAUCAGUACGGACAUGCUCUGGUUCACAUCGACCCUGUCGCUGAGCGGAAGCUGCGCAUGAAGAUCGACUUGAUGGUCGUGCCUACCGUGUCACUCCUCUAUUUAUUCUGCUUCAUCGACCGCGCCAACAUCGGCAAUGCCAACAUCGCCGGCUUUCAGAAGGACCUCCACCUCCAGGGCUACGACUACAACAUGAUCCUCUCCGUUUUCUACAUCUCCUACGUCCUGUUCGAGAUCCCAUCCAACAUCCUCUGCAAGAAAAUGGGCCCGGGUCUGUUCAUCCCAACUUGCACCCUACUCUUCGGCGUAUGCUCCUUUGGCACGGCCUUCGUGCAUACUCGUGCCCAGGUAUGUGGUGUGCGGUUCUUGCUCGGCAUCUUCGAAGCCGGCAUGAUGCCUGGUAUCGCAUACUAUCUCUCUCGAUGGUACCGACGCAGUGAGCUUGCCUUCCGCCUCGCUCUCUACAUUGUCAUGGCACCCUUGGCUGGCGCUUUCGGAGGCCUCCUAGCCUCUGGUAUCCUGAAACUGCCUCACAUCGGCCACCUGCACACCUGGCGUAUGAUCUUCCUCGUUGAAGGCAUAAUCACCUGCGGCCUGGCACUCAUCUCCUUCUUCACCCUGACCGACCGCCCGGCAGUCGCCCGUUGGCUCAGCCAAGAAGAAAAAGACCUAGCCAUCGCCCGCGUCAAGGCCGAGCGCGUCGGCACCACCGAAGUCCUCGACAAGAUGGACAGCAAGAAGAUCAUGCGCGGCAUCUUCAACCCUGUCACCCUCGGCACCGCCUGCAUCUUCCUCCUCAACAACAUCACCGUGCAAGGCCUCGCCUUCUUCCUGCCCAGGAUCAUCGCCACCAUCUACCCCAAAAAGGCGGUCAUCUUCCAACAACUAAGGACUGUCCCUCCUUAUAUUGUCGGCGGAUUCUUUACAAUCCUCUUCCCCUUCCUCUCCUGGAAAACCGACCGCCGCCAGAUCUUCUUCAUCAUCUCCGCACCCCUGAUCAUGAUCGGCUACAUCCUCUUCCUCGCCUCGACGAACCCGCAGGUCCGCUACGGCGCCACCUUCAUCAUCACGAGCGGUGCCUUCAGCUUCGGCGCGCUGUGCAACGCCCAGGUCUCCGCGAACGUGGUGACGGAUACGGCUCGCGCGGCCGCGAUAGGCACGAAUGUCAUGUUCGGCAAUCUCGGUGGCUUGGUCAGUACGUGGGCGUUCUUGCCGUUCGACGCGCCCAAUUACCAUAUUGGGAAUGGGUUGAACUUGGCCACGAGCACCACGAUACUACUCUUGUCGACGCUGUUGCUGCUGUGGAUGCAGUGGGAUAACAAGAAGAGGGACAAGAAGGAUAUCGAUGCGGAGUUGGCUGGGAAGAAUGCGGCCGUUGUCGCGGAUCUGGACUGGAAGCAUCCUGCUUUCAGAUGGAGGCCGUAA